AUGUGCGGCGGUUAUCACUUAACAUCAGGUGAAUCUGGCGUGCCACCGUCUAAUAUCUGGCAGUGGCUGAAGGUGAAUAGAAAUGACAUCUCUUACCAUUAUUUGGUCACUACUGUGCCUUGCUACAGUGAACGUGCACAGCGAGGUGGACCAUACAGAAGGGAAGAACUUAGAUGCCGAAAAUUCUUGGAAUGGGAUAACAGAAUCGAAGAACGACGAAAAUGCGCACAUAAACGAGAGAUGACGCCGGAGCAUAUCGCGGGCAGUUCCGCCCACGGCCGCAAGGGGGCGGCGCCUAAACCGGACCGGCGUUCGCGCAGAAAGCCCACUGAAAUAAACCGCCAGUACACGCUCCAAUAC